AUGUUGCUCUGGUUAUUUCACUUAUCAUUGGUACUUCAUGUAUCAUGUCAAGAGUUUGGGUCUCUUCCUCCUCGUCCAACUACUGGUGUAAGAUUGUUUCUUGGUGAGGAGAAUGUGACUAUUGCUAAUUUCUCAAUGAUAGCUGCUGGUCUGUUUCAUGAUAAAGAUAUAGAUCAAGCUGAUAAUGCUAUUGGUUUUCUUCUUGGUCCUGAUGGUCAGAAUGAUGGUUUGUGGUGUCAGAGUUCUCUUAAUCAGAAUAUGAUAGGAACAUGGUAUUAUCCUGAUGGAACAACUGUACCAUUGGGUUCUGGUAGUCCUCUGUUUGCUAACAACACUGCUACUGGUCAAAUUGGUUUGUUAAGAAUUGGAGGAAUAGGAAGUAUUCAAGGACUAUACAGUUGUGUUAUACCAAUUGAAGAAGGAAUCAAUCAGACACUGUAUGUUGCUGCUUAUGGUAAUGGGGAUUUCCCUAAGGAUAAUGAACUUCCAGUUAUUUAUGGCAGUAGUCCCUCCUUCCAGCUCCUCUCAUCAGUUGAUGCUGAUCCUCCAGUGUUUAGUUUAUCAUUUACUGUCACUAAUAGAUCACCAACAAUAGUCACUUGCUCUGUUGAUAAUGGAAACCAGUUUAAUGUAUCUGAUAAUGAUCUGAUACGUACUGUAACACCAGUUAAUAAUGAUGUACAAGUACAAGUAUCAGUAAUAUUUAGAAUGAGAGUGUCUGGCCUGUAUAAAUGUUCUGUUACUACUGACAGAAUUACAACUACACCUUUAGCGUCUACUAAUAUG